AUGCUGCUGCUGCUCGCGCUGGUUGCGCAGGACAGCGCGCUCGAUGCCGAUGAUGCCGCCGACAAAAUGGCGCACAUGAUGUCCCUGCACAAGUCCACCAAGGGCAGCGACGACAGGGGCGCACACUACCAUGCCAUGUACGCCCAACUCCUCUCACAGUACCGCACACGUCCGGACGUCUCGCUGCUCGAGAUAGGCGUGCAAUAUGGGGGCUCGAUGCAUCUGUGGGCCUCGUACUUCCGGUCGAUCAAGCGCAUCGAUGGCAUCCGCUGGGGCGUGAAGCCAGGCCCGCGACGGUAA